AGUCAUUGCAGUGUGCAUUGCCUUUCUAGUAGUGCUAGUAGUAGGUAGACAGUUCGAAGUUAUUUGUUUCGUAAACUUAUUCCAUUUUAAUAUCUAUUCAGCCACCUCCUUGAAGUAUUAUGGCGCGGCACUUCAGAGAGGAAGAUAUUGAUGAAUUUAGGGAGUGCUUCUCACUGUAUGCCAGAAGCGGCUCGGGACAAAUUCGUACUCUGGAUCAGUUGACAGUAAUCAUGAGAUCUCUUGGCAUGAGUCCCACUAUUUCUGAGCUAAAGAAGUACUACAAAGAAAAGGGAGGAGUGCUAAGUUUCCCAGACUUCCUGGACGUGAUGCACCAACAUGGCGGCCAACAAAAUGUUUCAGGGGAAAUUCUGGCAGCGUUCCGAGCCAUGGACACGGGCAAGACGGGUGUGAUCAGUGCGCAGCAGCUACGUCACACGCUGUUGCACUGGGGGGAGCGCCUCAGCACCCGAGAAGUUGACCAAAUAUUUCGGGAGGCUAACAUCAAGCCCAAUGGACAGGUUCGCUACGAGGACUUCACCAAGAUAGUCUGCGCUCCCGUGCCCGACUAUUACUAACUUACAUACCUACACGUGCUGUUUGUUGAAGUUUGGGCGUGUUUUUAUUUUAAACUGAGUAGUUCAAAUGUUGAUAUGGUCAAAAUUAUCCAGAAGGCAUCAAUUUCAACUCUAUUGAACCACAUGUAUUCGUCAGAGCCAGUAGUAUGAUAGGUGUGCACACGUACACUGAAAUUUACUUACUAAUAUAUCCUCGAAUUUAGACCUUUGACAAUUGUGCAAUUCAUUCCCUAUGAACCAAAGAAUUAUUUAUUGCGUCAUAGAUAGUGCCUUGUGUUUUUUAGACUUUGUGUGGUGAUUGAUAACUGGAUUGAGCUUCCAAAUGUUACAGAGUGUACGUUUUACACAUAAAUGACUAUUUUGCAAA